GUGUGCGGGACCGGGGCUGUGGGGCAGCGAGGGCUCCCGGAGCGGGUUCUCCGAGCCGAGGCGUCCGUGAAGCGGGUUGCCCCCGACUCGAGCUGCAGCCAUGGGAAACACCACCAGCGAGCGGGUGUCCGGGGAGCGCCACGGAGCCAAAGCUGCUCGAGCUGAAGGCGGCGGCCAUGGCCCGGGAAAGGAGCACAAGAUCAUGGUGGGGAGCACCGACGACCCCAGCGUCUUCAGCCUGCCCGACUCCAAGCUCCCCGGGGACAAAGAGUUUGUGCCCUGGCAGCAGGAUUUGGAUGAUUCUGUGAAGCCCGCCCAGCAGGCCCGGCCCACCGUUAUCCGCUGGUCUGAAGGAGGCAAGGAGGUCUUCAUCUCUGGGUCCUUCAACAAUUGGAGCACCAAGAUCCCUCUGAUUAAGAGUCAUAAUGACUUUGUUGCCAUCCUGGAUCUUCCAGAGGGAGAGCACCAGUACAAGUUCUUUGUGGAUGGACAGUGGGUUCAUGAUCCAUCAGAGCCUGUGGUUACCAGUCAGCUUGGCACAAUUAAUAAUUUAAUCCAUGUCAAGAAAUCUGAUUUUGAAGUAUUUGACGCUUUAAAGUUAGACUCUAUGGAAAGCUCUGAGACAUCAUGUCGAGACCUGUCCAGCUCACCCCCUGGGCCUUAUGGUCAAGAAAUGUAUGUGUUUCGAUCUGAGGAAAGAUUCAAAUCCCCACCCAUCCUGCCCCCUCACCUACUCCAAGUUAUUCUUAACAAGGACACGAAUAUUUCAUGUGACCCAGCCUUACUUCCCGAGCCCAAUCAUGUUAUGCUGAACCAUCUCUAUGCACUGUCCAUUAAGGACAGCGUGAUGGUCCUUAGCGCCACCCACCGCUACAAGAAGAAGUAUGUCACCACGCUGCUGUAUAAGCCCAUCUGAGGAAGACAUCACGCCUUGCCCCCAGGAUUCUGGAGAAGCAUCUCCCUCGCCUUUGAACUGAGCUGGCCUCUGAGGCUGGCAGGCUGAUUUGUUUUGAGGCUGAUGUGUGUGUCAGAGCCUCUGAUAGGAUGCUCUGCUUUGCAUUUGAUUGCAGAUGAGAGCUUUAUGAGUUCAUGGAGUUUAUUUUAAGAAACACAAAACCAUAUAUAUGCAUAUGAGAGAAAGGUUACUGGAAGCCUCCUGGCCCGGCUGUACACAUUCUCUCUGCCUGUGGGUGAUCGCCAGGGCCUGACUGGGAAGCUGUGGCCACAGGAACGGGCAUACCAGAAGCUUCUUUUUCUAAAGUGAGAGAAUAGCAAACUCUUAGGAUCUUUGUUGGGCAGAGGUUCUGGACCACUGGUGUCCAAAGGUGACACGUAUGCCAGGCUGCUGCCCUCCUUAGAGCUGCCUCAAUGCAGGGUGGCUUUCCUUGCAUGGACUGAUUCUGUAUUCCCACACUAUGUGACACAAUCUCCUGUGUGUUUAUGUGACACUAGAUGCCCCACAAGAACCCUCCUCAUUUUACGUACCCAAUUUAAUAACUUCCCUCAGAUCUCAUACACGACCCGGUAAUGCAAAACUCACUGGGCAAGGGACCCUUCUGGAAAGUUUGUGGGAUUAGACUCUUCUGAGAGGCUGGAGGUGCCAGGGGCUCCUUUUUAGUUCAGCGAAGGCCCAACCCAGUGUGUUACAAUUUAUUUUAACAUCCAGAGAAAAAGAAAUGCAGAUCUUUUUGUUUCAGUUUGGUCCUGUAUAUUGGCUGUGUGAGCCUGUUUCCGGUUUUUCCUUAUCAGAGCAUUCAGUUUGUAGAUAGGCUUGGAAUUAGGGAAACCUUCCGUAUCUUUCAUCCCUGAAAGAUUUUUUUAUGUGCCUACAUUUUUUUUUAUAUUAAAAAAAAUGUUUAUCCAUCCAUUUUAACAGGCUUUUAAAGGACCUUGGGCUUUUGACAAAUGGUUCUUAAGAUUUUCUUCUCUAGUCUAGGCAAUUUUCAGUCUUGGGUUAAUAUGGCCAGCCAUGUGUACCUCGCUACCCAAACACAGCUCUAGACACAAGUUCAUGCAGGCUCACUGGAUGCUCAUGCAGGCUCACUGGGUGCUCAUGCGAGGUUUCCCUACCGUUAAAGAUGUGUGAGGCAAGGAACUACCCCCGGUAUUCAUAACUGUGCACAGUAUUGCUCUUUGCACCAAAUAUUAACAAAGUAUUUUUUUCUUUCGCCUCUUCCUUUUAAGUGUGUUUGAUGAUGGAAUGGGGUCACUGAUAACCACUGACGGAGAAGUAUUCCAACCUACUCAGGAUUCAAAGGAAAUAUUUUUCCAAGUAUCUUGAUACUUCCAUUUUACAGAUAAAUGUAAGUCAGACAUUAGGCACUGUUUAUGGUUGAGAAACUUCCUGUCUCCUGAGAUGAGCCAGCCACACUGAAAGGGACCUGCUGGUCAGUUCACCUACCUCCUGGCUCUCCCACACAUGGGUAGCACAGCAUGCCCUCUGCACACCUCUGAGAACAAGCGUGAAUAGGAAGAUGGGGAGGGUUCUGUUCUGCAGGAAGUACAGAUUGCUAAUGCCUUGGUAGAUGAGUCCUGGGAGAUGCUGCUGUAGCCAUCCCGAGCCACCUCCCUCAGCUGAGACUCUGUGGAGAAUCCUCAUGGUCCAGUCAGCUUUCUGAGUAGUGUGCCAUUUUGAAAACCAAGGUCUCAUCUUGGUUUUUAAUCAACUCUAAGACUCUUCAGUUACACGGGAAGGUUUUAUUUAUUUAUUUAUUU